CCUCUGUCCGCUAUCGUAUCAGACAUUUCAGCAAUAUUUUUUAAAACGUUUUACAGCUAAUUUUGUAGUUCAGAUCUCUAUAACAAGUUUUGGAACUAAAAUGUCGAUCACUGUUGAUGUAUAUUCUGAUUUGUCCUGCCCUUGGUGUUACGUGGGCAAGAGGCGGCUCGACAAAGCCAUUCAGCAGUAUACUGAAGCUGGCAUCACUGUACAUUGGCAUCCCUACAUUAUAGACAAAAAUACUGCUGAAAUGGGAGAGGAUUACAUGGCAUACAAUACCAGAAGGUGGGGAGGUGAUGGAUGGACACGAUCACUCAGAAGGGCUGGACAACAGGAUGGAUUAGGAUUCAAAAACUGGAAAACAUGGCCAAAUUCUUUACAUGGUCACCGCCUCAUUCACCUGGCUGGGAUGCAGAAAGGACCAGAAGGACAAGGAAAAGCUAAAGAUCUCCUACUGCGCAUGAUCUAUGAAGAUGGCAAAAAUGUUAGUGACACUGGUACACUGAUUGAAGCUGCUAAAGAACUGGGCUUGGAAGGUGCAGAGGACUAUCUCAAAUCUUCCUCUGAUGUAGAUUUGGUUUUGUCUCAAGAUUCAUUUGCAAAAUCUCAAUUGAGAAUAUCUGGUGUGCCCUACUUUGUCAUAUCAAGUGACAAUAAAGAUAAGAAGACAAUAUCUUUGUCUGGAGCCCAAGGCACUGAGCAGUUUUUAGCAGCAUUUAGUCAUAUGACAAAAUAGAUGCCAUUGGACAUGUAAUUAUGAACAGUUGUGACAAUUAACUACUGUAAAAACAAUUGCCAACUGAUCAGUCAGAACUCCACUUGUGUUAGAGAUACAUGAUGUACUGGGUGAUAGAGGUGAUAAUUGAUGUGAUUGAUGUGAUAGAGGACACAUGAUGUACUGAGGCUUAAGUGGGUAAUGUAUAUUGACUGCAGCUGUAAUUUAGUGUGAAUCCUCUACAGCCAUGGGGGGCAGUGGCUCUUAUCUAACUUUCUUGUCCUUGCAGCAAUCAAUGUCAGAAUCCACACAACAAAAAUUUUAUUUUCUGAAAAGAAAAUUUUAUUAUUGAAUAAAGGGAUAAACAACUCAAAGGGUAAUAAUUAUUGCACUUAAUGCUGGACACUGUUUUUGAAUGAUGAAUCUAAUAUAAUAUUGG